AUGAUCCAAAUGGAAUUGGAUACGGGACCCUCGGCAAUACAAAAAUUAAACACACUUAUGAAAAUUUUAUAGCAAAACAUAUGCCAAAACAUAAUCAAGAAGCAAUUCGCAAAAACUCCAAAAGAAUAUUGUUGGCUAAAUUUCAAAAUGUAGAAAAUUCUUCGGAUAUUUCUUGUGAUUCUGAUUUUGACUCAAAUUGUGAUGAUAAUGGUGAAUUGUACCUCCAAGAUAAUAAUGAAAGCAUUGAGAAUGUAAAUCUAUACCUAAUUUAA